CCAAAAGCCUUGCCCACCAUAUUGGGCGUCCCUUUCCUCUUUGUGCUGCGCUCCUCGUUUUGUUGCGACAAAAGAGCGGCGAAUAGAGCGGCGAGGGCGUGAGGGGCCCCUGCUGCUUGUGGCGGCGGCAAUGGAGAGGGGCGAGAGCAUCCUGGAUGCCGUGCUCGACGAGGAAACCCUAGAUUUCGGCGGAGAUGACGUCGAGAUGGCUGACGCGGAGGCGGACGAAACCCCCAUCCCCGACCCCCCCGCCGCCGGAGCAGGAACCGCUGGCGGUGGUGCGCAGGCGGGCGGACCGGCGGGCAAGAAAAAGAAGAAGAGAAAGUCCGGGAGGAGUAAGAACAGGGGGAGGCCUGAUGGGCCACCCACCAAGAUCGGCGACAUUAAUCGUUUUGUACUUGACACGUGCAGGCGCUUGAAGGAGAAAAAGUCAUACCUUGUCUGGAAUGCUAUUGGCUGCCUUGGUGUUUCUGCUGUCAGCGAUCUUGUACGAGAGGUUGAGGCCAUUCAGAAGUGUGGUGGGCAGACGAUUGCUGAUGGAAGUCGUUUCCGGACAGGUGGUGGAAUCCUCUGGAACAUCUUGAAAUCACGAGAGCCAAAGGCAUACAAGGAAAUUAUGGUGAAGGGAAGGGAGCUUGAGAAGCAGUUCAUGUAUACGAAAGGCAGACCACAGAUGAGCAGAAAUGAAGAUGCAAGCUCACAGGGCACCGCGCUAGUUGACGAGGAAAUUGAAGCACAUGAUGACCCUGAGCACUUGGUCGAUGCAGAGGAAGCACCUCCUUCUGUUGAUAAAGCUGAACCUCGUAAACCAGUAGCCGACAGGAUUCGUGUGCCUGUUGCUUAUGAUGAUCUUUUUGAAGAUGGAGAGAUACAAGAAGAACAACCACAAAAUUGAAGUAUUCCAAAGGUUUUGCCUGCUCAGAAAGCAAGAUUGCAGAAUGCGAGGGAAGAGGGUCGAUGUAUGUUUGCGGUGAAGCGACCUUCUUUCCCAAGGACUCCCCUUUUUCCCCUUGUGUGAUUGAGCAGUAAAUCAUGCAAAUAUGCAGCAACUGAUGAGUUCUAUUGCUGCUAGGAGUGGAAGUUGUACGAACAAUAUUGAGCCUAAAUUCAGUGCUGAAUGAAAACUAUGGUUUUACAAC